CACUUUGUGGCAAAUGUUCUUCAUCAUCUAAUUGUCCCAAGUACGGAUAGCUUUCACUUAUCGUUACUUCCGACAAUACUCCAGCCAGUCUAGUUGAAACUACAUCAAAGAACACUUGCCAUCUUCAUUUCUUCGGUAUUCUUCAGUCGGUCGUCGUCACCCGAUGCACCAAUCGGAAGGUUAAAAUGCGGUAAAUUUUCGUAGAUUGAGUUCGAGGUAAUAGUGAUCAUGUUUGGGGGUUGUAGGGUGUUAGUGUGGGGUAGUGUGUUUGUGCUUGUUGUCUCAACGUUUGCACUGGUGGAAACGAUGCCUAAUCAAAGACAAACACAGGAGCUGAUGUUACUGGAUGCUUUGGGGAAGAGGGCUGGCGUAGGGGCUUCUACUGAUUUUGUGCAGCUGUUCGAAUUGAUAGGAAGAAUGAUACCACAGUCCUGCCGUUUCCGGGGUGUCAAAUAUGAAUGUGGCCUGAGUAUAAGCUGCGUUGUAGGAGGAGGACGACCGCUUGAUCUUUGCUCUGGAGGAAUGAUAUGGGCUUGUUGUGUUGACAGAGAUGCUGACGAACCACAGCAGACAACCAACCAUCAUCAAUCUGAUGUUGGUGUCCUCAAUAAUGCUAUGAACUAUUAUUCUUCGAUGGAGUCAGACUAUCCAGAUGGUAAUAAUGUGGACAGGCCUCCGUUCAGGCCCUUUCCUGAAGACAGUAUGAUUAGACCAUCAACAGAGAUUGACCACUAUGAGAGGCCUUUUUAUGAUCGACGUCCCAACGUCAAGGGUUGUGGAGAGCUGUAUACAAGGAGCAACAGGAUAGUGGGCGGACAUACAACAGGAUUUGGUUCGCAUCCAUGGCAGGUUGCUCUCAUUAAAACGGGAUUUCUGUCGAAAAAAUUGGCCUGCGGAGGUGCCCUUGUGAAUGAGAGGUGGAUCAUCACUGCUGCGCAUUGUGUUGCUAGAACAUCGAACGGAGACAUCCGUGUCCGGCUUGGGGAAUGGGAUGUUCGAGCCCAGGACGAGAAAUUAGCACACGAGGAGUACACUGUGGAGCGGAAGGAAGUGCACCCCGCCUACUCGCCAACAGACUUCAAAAACGACGUGGCCCUGGUCAAAUUGGAUAGGAACGUCCGAUUUAAGCAGCACAUCAUACCGGUUUGUUUGCCUUCGCCUACGGUCAAGUUGGUAGGAAAAAUGGCAACUGUAGCCGGAUGGGGUCGAACGAGACAUGGACAAGCUACUGUGCCUUCCACAUUGCAAGAGGUCGAUGUUGAAGUCAUACCGAAUGAAAGAUGUCAGAGGUGGUUUAAAGCCGCAGGAAGGCGAGAAAUCAUUCAUGACGUUUUCCUUUGUGCCGGCUACAAGGAGGGCGGUCGUGAUUCAUGUCAAGGGGAUUCUGGUGGACCACUCACCUUGAAUAUAGAUGGACGAAGAACCCUCAUAGGAUUAGUGUCCUGGGGGAUAGGAUGCGGACGUGAACAUUUACCAGGAGUAUACACAAACAUACAGAAGUUCAUACCAUGGAUAGAUAAGAUUCUUAGCUGAGAAAGACCUGAACUUCAUUUUAAGUGCCAAUGUGAUCUUCCUUCAGUGAGAUACGAAACAUUUGAUAUGAAUGCUCGUAUAUCUACCAAAAUAGGAUAUUUUUUAAUGAUGAACAGUAUUUAUUUUAGAUUUUAAGACAAUUCAAGAAAAUUUAUACUUUCAGUGUGUACAUCAUAUUUUUGAUGAAAAUAAAUAUUCAUUUUUGUUAUAAAA